AUGCCAUUGAGGAUCUCCAGCACCGCCAUCGCACCGAUGUUGCGUGUGCCUCGCAGCACCACCAGCCCAGCGACCACGCGAAUGACCUUCAUCAAUGGUAGAGCCUCCGGUAUGCUCGCUACCUGCGUCAUUCAAUCCAUCGAUAUCAUCAAGGUGAGUGUUGAAAUUCAUCAAGAUUUUUCCCUAAGUUUCGUCGUCAUGGCCUCCAAGAGCAUCUUGAAGGAGCUUAAGGAUUUGCAGAAGGAUCCUCCCACUUCCUUCAGCACAGGUGUUCCUAGCAUACCCAAUAAAUCUAAUGCUGAGUUUUACCAUUAUAGUAUUGCCAUGCAAUAUGAUGAUGGAACCGAAGUUGACGGGAAAGGCAUUGGACGUAAGGUUCUUGAAAAAGUAAAAGACACAUAUAGUGUGGAGCUGGAAAACAAGGAUUUUGCUUAUGAUGGAGAGAAGAGCUUGUUUACUGUUGGGCAGCUCCCUCAUAAAAAACUUGAUUUCACAGUAGUACUGGAUGACAUAUCAUCAAGCAGGUCUAGGACGAAUGGGGGAUCUGGGGGCAGUUACUCCCUAGAAGAGAGUCAGGGCGAUAGGAAGAGAGUCAAGCAGUCAUUUCAAUCCAAAACAAUAAAGGUACAGGUCAACUUUGCUGCUAAAAUCCCAAUGCAAGCAAUCACGAAUGCCUUGCGAGGUCAGGACUCUGACCAUUUUCAGGAAGCAAUUAGAGUUCUUGACAUCAUUAUAAGGCAGAAUGCAGCAAAGCAGGGUUGUCUCCUUGUUCGGGAAUCUUUCUUCCAUAACAACCCGAGGAACUUCAUAGAAUUAGGAGGAGGGGUGUUAGGCUGUAGGGGUUUUCAUUCAAGCUUCCGGGCCACGCAAGGCGGCCUAUCCCUGAAUAUGGAUGUGUCCACUACAAUGAUUGUAUAACCUGGUCCUGUUUUGAAUUUCCUCAUGGAGAACCAGAAUGUCAAAACUCCUUACCAAAUUGAUUGGAUUAAGGCUAAGAGGAUACUAAAAAAUCUAAAGGUUGAGACCUAUGCUUCCAAGAUGGAGUACAAAAUCACUGGAUUGAGCCAUAAACCCUGCAAACAGCAGACGUUCUUUUUUAAAUCAAAAGGAGGACACGAUGGAGAUGGAGAAGAGAUCACUGUUUAUGAAUACUUUGCCCAGCAUAAGCACAUGCAGUUACACGAUUCAGCAGAUUUUCCCUACAUCAAUGUUGGAAAACCAAAGAAACCUUCUUACUUUCCCCUAGAGCUUUGUAAUUUGGUUUCCUUGCAACGCUAUACCAAGGCUUUAUCCAAUCUCCAAAGGGCUUCACUAGUGGAGAAGUCUCGGCAGAAACCCCAGGAGCGAAUGUCAACUUUGCGUGAUCUUGGCGAAAUCAACUCCUUGCUAAUGGUGGAGCAUUCUCCUUCUCUGCCCUUGGUAUCCAAGUCCCCCACUCUGAUUUUAGGGAUGGAUGUGUCACAUGGCUCACCUGGGCGUUCCGAUGUGCCUUCUAUUGCAGCGGUGGUCAGUUCCAGGAAAUGGCCUUUGAUUUCUCGUUACCGAGCUGCAGUUCGUACUCAAUCACCAAAAGUAGAAAUGAUUGCUAAUCUGUUCAAACCUGUGUCUGAUAAAGAGGACCAAGGCAUAAUCAAGUUGGCUCCUAUCUCCCCCUAUACUCUGCCACUUUGAUUUUUUUGUGAAUGUAUAAUUAUACAAACCUUACUAUUGCGGUAUAAAAUUGUUUACAUAGAUUCUGCUCUGCUGCUGGCAUCCUCAUUAUCACCACAAAGUGUUUUUCAAGACUUGGUUGGUUUCAACAUUUCACUAAAUGUUGUUAGAAAACUAGUUCUGUUGAUGUAAUGACUUUGUUGGAUAUAUGGAUGAAUG